AUCACCCCCACCAUCAUUAUCACCAUCAUUAUCACCUCCACCAUCAUCAUCACCCCCAUCAUCAUCACCUCCAUCACCAUCACCCCCAUCAUCUUCUGUAUUAUAAUGCUCAGAACCACCAGCUGCCUUGGCCAUGGAUGUAGAGGGUAAAGCCUUUACUCUUGAUGUCCAUCCACCUUCUCCCAGACCCCAGUGGCCACCAGGCCCCCACACAGUCCAGGGGCCCAACACAGUUCGGUGGCUCCACACUGUCCAGGAGCCCCAGUACGACCAGGGGCCCCAAUCCCACAGAGAGCAGGACCAGUGGCUCAGAGCAGUUCAGACAGCCCAACAGUCAAAGACAAAGGUGGCCGGUCCUGUGGCGAAGGAGAGAGAGCAGAGACUGACUGAAACGAUGUGCAGGCUCCAGCAGCAGCUGUGUCAGGACCAGAGACCGGUCCAGAGCCCUUACAUCUGUUCUCCCUUCUCCUCAUUGGGGGAGGCUGUGACACACCUGUUACCAUACCACACCUGUGCCGGACACCUGCCUAGUCAGGACGACUUCAACUUAGUGGACAAGCAGUUUGACACCGUGUCAGGGUUCCUACUGAAACGCACCAAGGACAUGCUCAACAAAUACAGACAGCUACUGCUCGGGGAGGCACUGCAGGUGAUGCCGUCGGCAGAGAUGGUGAUGCUGGAUCGUCUGUUCCUCCAAUCAGAGAGGUUUUCCCUGGGGGAGGACCGACACAGGGCCCGUAGAGACCCAGAGUCCUUCCUGAUGACCCUGCAUGCAUCUGAGUCCUCCAGCUCCGCGUCAUCCCGAGUGGGGCUGGAUCGGUCUGGCAGCCUCCCCUCCCCCCCAGCUUGGACCAGACUCUCCGACCGACCCCCGGGACUCAGGACCUACCACUCCACCAGCCGCGGAGGCCUUAGGCUCACCAUCAAACACAAGGCUGGAUCCAGGAUGGUGGUUCACAACUCAGCCUGUGACACUGUGCACACUACUGCCCCAUCUGGUCACAAGCGGUACUACACCGGCCAACUGAUCAAUGGGAGUGUUGAUCUGACUGAGCAGGGCUCCUCCCAUAGGACCUCCUGCCAUCCAAUCGAUAAGGAGAUGUCGAACGGAGCCCUGCCCUCCAAAGUAGUAGAGGACAUCCCACAUGGUCACCAUAGUGAUAGCAGGGAAUCUGUUGCACAGAUUCAGACAGCAGCACUGGGUUCACAAUAUAUAAGUUCCCCAAACUCCCUUACUAUGCCGAGCUUAGACCCACAGACUGCCUGUCUAGUGCCUCCCCCUUCAGACCCUGGAGAGAUGAGUACCCCCAAACUGAAACGCUUCAGGCCCACGCUUCCGGACCUCCCAUUCCAGGCGGACAGGCACAGUGACAGGCCCCCGCCUUUUCCACAGACCAGCUACAGGCCCCCGCCUUUCCCCCAGACCAGCGACAGGCCCCCGCCUUUCCCCAGACCAGCGACAGGCCCCCGCCUUUUCCACAGACCAGCUACAGGCCCCAGCCUUUCCCCCAGACCAAUGACAGACCCCAGCCUCUUCCCCAGACCAGCUAUAGGCCCCAGCCUCUUUCCCAGACCAGCUAUAGGCCCCAGUCUCUUUCCCAGACCAGCUAUAGGCCCCAGACUCUUUCCCAGACAAGCAACAGGCCCCAUUCUCUUCCCCAGACCAGAGACAGACACCAGCCUCUUUCCCAAACUAGCUACAGGCCCCAGUCUCUUUCCCAGACCAGCGACAGACCCCAGUCUCUUCCCCAGACCAGCGACAGGCCCCAGUCUCUUUCCCAGACAAGCGACAGGCCCCAGCCUCUUUCCCAGACCAGCGACAGGCCCCAGCCUCUUUCCCAGACCAGCGACAGGCCCCAGCCUCUUCCCCAGGCCAGCUACAGACUCCAGCCUCUUCCCCAGACCAGCGACAGACCCCAGUCUCUUCCCCAGACCAGCGACAGACCCCAGUCUCUUCCCCAGACCAGCGACAGACCCCAGUCUCUUCCCCAGACCAGCGACAGACCCCAGUCUCUUUCCCAGACCAGCGACAGGCCCCAGCCUCUUCCCCAGGCCAGCGACAGGCCCCAGCCUCUUCCCCAGGCCAGCGACAGGCCCCAGCCUCUUCCCCAGACCAGCGACAGGCCCCAGCCUCUUCCCCAGACCAGCGACAGGCCCCAGCCUCUUCCCCAGACCAGCGACAGGCCCCAGCCUCUUCCCCACACCAGCGACAGGCCCCAGCCUCUUCCCCACACCAGCGACAGGCCCCAGUCUCUUCCCCACACCAGCGACAGGCCCCAGCCUCUUCCCCACACCAGCGACAGGCCCCAGCCUCUUCCCCACACCAGCGACAGGCCCCAGCCUCUUCCCCACACCAGCGACAGGCCCCAGCCUCUUCCCCACACCAGCGACAGGCCCCAGCCUCUUCCCCACACCAGCGACAGACCCCAGCCUCUUCCCCAGGCCAGCUACAGGCCCGAGGCUAGUCCUAGCCCCCAACCCCCCCUGCCAGAGGACAACACCCUCAGUGAACACCUGCAGAGUGCCAUCGACAGCAUCCUGGAGCUGCAGCGCCUGCAGGGUCCCACGGCUGCAGCCCAGCCCCGGAUCCAGGGGGCGUGCCCGGUUGCAGGCCCCGCCUCCCUACUGGACCAGGCCAUCACUAGCAUCCUACAAGGAAACCUCUAGAGACUCCUGAGAUGAAGGAAGGGGAGGGGGAAGAGCUCAGCCUGUUUCAAAACGUUCGGUCUGCUUUAACCAAGCUAGGAGGACGAGGGAUAAAGACUAGGCACAAAAAAAAACAGAGAAAUUUA